AUGGGAAAUAGACGAUUGACUAAGAAAGCUAUCAAGGGAAAAGCGGAUUUACAUCCCUCGUCAAGGAAGGCUGCUCAACUUACGAGGGUGAACUUACGUAUGGACAAGUUGAAAGGACAGACAAAGGCAAGGAAAGAUCAUGCUGACGCCAAACUUCAAAGACCGCUCUUCUUCCUGCACUCACUAUCAUCACCCCAUCCACUGUCUCUCCCUUCUCUCAAGUCACUAAUAACGGAAGUAUACCUGGGUAGAUACGAUGGUAGGAUCAAUGAGUUGAUAGCGGACAGGAGACCUGGUAGGCCAAAGCCAAAGGAAUUAUUGGAAUUAGAGGAGAUCAAACACAGAGAGACGAAGGAGUACGAGACGGGAAUGGAGGUCCCAGACUUGACGCACGCACCAACCGUACGAUUGAUGUAUACAUGGCUUACAUCUGAUACAUCGAUGAGCGCAUCACAUCUUGAUCUUCUCAAACAUAUCAGGAUAUCACCUCACGGAGAGAUAAUAGUGACCAAGAAAGGAAGAGCGGAGGAAAUGGGCAUGGGUGUUCCGUUACCUGGAGAAGUAGAAGGUAAAGGUGAAGAUUGGACCGGAUUGUCAGAGAAAGAAAUGGAAGUUGAGGUGAAAUAG